CUUAGACCUGGUCACAUCUCAUUAACCCUGCUCCUACUAACCUUGCUCCCUAACCUCUUGGCCGCACCUCUCUUCUUCCUGAGAACUGGGGCUAUUCACCUCUAAGGACAACAGGCCAACAAUGGAGCCAUCAAAAGACUAUCUGUUCAAAUACAAAGGGUUUUAUUUUGGUGUAGAGACUACACCCGAGUACAUAUCUUCUUUGGAGGAUUUUGAAAUCAAUGACAGUGACAUAUUUAUAGCUACUUACCCCAAAUCAGGAACUGUGUGGACUCAGAACAUUUUGAGCUUAAUAAUUCAUGAAGGCCACCGUAAUGGAACCGAAAAAAUAGAGACUAUGGAGAGAAUCCCAUGGCUGGAAUACAAGCCACCCACCACGGAUUUGACAAAGCUUCCUUUGCCUCGUGUUUUUGCCACCCACCUGCCUUACUACUUAGUCCCGAGAGAUCUGAGAAACAAAAGGGCAUCUAUAAUUUAUGUUACCAGGAACCCUAAGGAUGUUAUGGUUUCUUACUAUCACUUCUCCAAGUACAUGAAGACAGUGGAGGAAAUAGCAGAUUUCAACCUUUUUAUGGAGAGGUUUUUAUCUGGCAAAGUUCUUGGCAGUUCUUGGAUUGAUCACGUUUCAGGCUGGUACAGUCAUGCAGAGGAUUUCAAUAUACUCUUUCUGACCUAUGAAGAGAUGAAAAAGGAUCUCAGAAGUGCUGUGCUGAAGAUCUGCAAGUUCCUAGGCAGGAAGCUGAGCGAAGAGGAAUUGGACAGUGUUGUGACACAGGCUUCGUUUGAGAACAUGAAGAAAGAUCCCAGGGCAAACUAUGAGAACCUGCCAGAUGAUGUCGUAGAUAAACACAAGGGCAGUUUUCUCCGGAAAGGCACAAUUGGAGACUGGAAAAACACCAUGACAGUGGCACAGAGUGAAAGGUUUGAUCAAGUUCUUAUGGAGAAAAUUAAGGCCCUCCCCAUCAAUUUCAUCUGGGAUAUUAAUGAAAUAUAGGUGGGUUCCGAGGUUCAUCAUCCUUUGUACUGGAUGGACAUGUCUGAAGGUCUAGGAGAAGAAAACACACCCGUUUACAGCUGUGUUAUAGAAAUAAUGGCAACUGUGUCACAAAGUGCAGGAUCUGUUAAACUGCACCAGUUUCCUGUAUUUUUACAAGCUAUUUUAAUUCACUUAAUCAGUACACUGACUUGUGCUUGCUUUUUCAUUCCUUGUCUUCAAUAGUAGCGGAGUUGUAGACAACCAAGUGAAGACAGAUGAGUAUUGCAAAAUACUUCCUGAAAAUUGUUGGACUUGUACAUUUUGUGAGGCUUCUUUUGGUAGGACUUUCAAUAUCCAUACUGGAAGCACAGCUGAGCAGCUGUGAUAUGGUUAUACUUUGAGACAUUUGUGUUCCUGUUUCCUUGGUGACCACCCAAACUCAGCAGUUCGUUAUUAAAGUGGCCUUGAUGUUA